AACGCGCUAGUUUUUAUCACGAGUUUUAAUUCACUGAGUACUGCCAGAACAUUUGCAAUGCAUUAAUUGAGUUUCAGUGAUUGAACGCGAAAGUCGAGCUUCAUAUCAGUUGACUUCGAAACUUCUUUUAUACUAUUUCGCGAUGGCUAAAAUGAACCUUCAUAAUGUAAAUAUGGCCGCCGCGCUAAACACAGAAAUGUUGUCGCGAGUUCCUUUAAUUGUUGUUGUUGGUGCUACAGGGACUGGAAAAACUAAACUAUCAGUGGAAUUAGCGAAGAAGUUUGGUGGAGAAAUUAUAAAUGCCGAUUCCAUGCAGGUGUACUCGGGGCUGGACAUCCUCACGAACAAGGCGACGGAGGAGGAGCGCUGCGGUGUACCUCACCACCUGCUCGGCCACCGGACCCCGGGGGACCACUACAACGUGUACCAGUUCAGAAACGAAGCCUUCAGGAUCGUCCAUCCAAGUGUUCGGUCAGACGGGCAGACGACACUCUGACAUCCUGGAGGAGCAGAGACAGGAGGCGGGUUCGGUGCACGGAGGUGCUCUCCGCUACCCUAACGCAGUAGUAUUCUGGAUGCAGUGUGACAAGGAAGUUCUUCGGCAGAGAGUCUCCAAGAGAGUCGACGAGAUGAUGGAGCGAGGACUCAUUGAAGAGGUGGAGACUUUUCACAAAGAAGUCAACGUGCUGCGCGGCGAGGAGAGUUGUGAAGACUUCGAGAAGAGCCUGUUCCAGAGCAUCGGUUUCAAGGAGCUAAUGCCGUACGUGGCAUUGUCGCCAGAGGAACGCACCUCGGACAAGGCCAAAAAGGCCCUGGCCGAGGGCGUGUGGCUGCUCAAGCAACGCACAAUGAACUACGCGAACAAGCAGGUGCGAUGGAUCCGCAACCGGCUACUCGUCCAGAACAGAGAUGUCCCGCCGGUGUGGCCGCUGGACGGCACGGACCCUCUACGUUGGGAGGAGCUUGUGGCGGCCCCGGCGCGCGCCAUCGUGGAAGCGAGGCUCCGCGGUGAGGACCCCGACGCUGCAAUCCGCCCUGCCGCGAAGGAGCGCAUGGCGCUCACGCCCGAGGAGCGCCACAUGACCUACCGCUGCGCCCCGUGCGGCCGCCCCUUCAUCGGCCUCGAGCAGUACAACAUACACCUCGCCGCUAACAAGCACCGGAAGGUCCUGGCCGCCAUCCGGAGGGCCCAGAGCGAAGUGGUGGGCACCCUGGACAGGCUGGUUCAGCGAAAGCGGGGGGACGCAGUGACGGGCUCAAGCAAUCCAAAAGCAGAGGAGGGAACUACGGCGCACUCGUGUGUAUGACAUUGGCAAAAUGCAUCGGACUUGUCACGUUACUAAUUCAUUCAUAAGACUGGAAAAACAAUGUAUAGAUUUGGAGAAAACUAUAAAGAAGCAACUAGAUGUAUGUAGUAUGUAUGGAAACCGCGAAGGCUGAUAAGUGGCUAUAAUUUUGUCGACAAAACAUAGGAAACCUUUUACUUACAUACCUAAUAGUUGUAGUGAGAGGCACCCCAUGUGCUGCUAGGUGUUAAUUAUUAAUGACUGUGCUUUGUUGCGCACUCCAGUUCCAUAUGUUCCAAUGUGUUUAAGGGAAAAGCAACACAUAUUUUGUUAUGAAAAUGGGCUUUGAUAAUCCUAAAUAAACAGGGGUUUUGAACAGGGUUUGCAUAUCAAAUGCUUAAAAUCAGUAGCACUAAAAUACUUAUAAACAGAAAACAUUUUUGUGAGUACAAUCGAGAAUGGAAAAACAUAAUCAAACUGCAGUCUAAGGAGAAUUCAAUGCUCAAGAACUACCAAAGAUGAAAGGAAAGUCACCCAAAGAAAAACCGAAACAAGAAAGAAAAAUUAUUGAUGUUCAGUUAUUGGUAAACUAUGGAAUUCUUCUGUCCCUGAAAUUUUACACAACAGUAUAUAUAACUUAAGUUUUUCUUAUAUUUGUAUUUUAAAAGCUCAUUUCUUCAAUUUGUGUAGUGCUAUAAAAUUCCUGACUGGGAUGCCCAAUAAUCAUGAAAUACUCUCUUCUAGUCAUUAAAUACAUAGUAAAAAGACUAAAAGUGAAUGUCUUUGUGGGGUGUGAUUGCUCUAGCAAUUUCAUAAAUGUUGUAUUAUUCAUAGCAGAUGAACACAGUUUUGAAAAUAGCAAAAUUUGAUUCAGAAGAGUACUUACCUGUCAAGGGAAUUUUAUUGUCAAUGUCAAUACAAUGAAAAAUAAAAUGGAGGCAGAGGGCAGCUAUUAGACAGUGGCAAAGCUUAGAAGUCAGUUUAAUAAAGGUACUGUAGUACUCAAUGAUCACACAGUUAACACCAAACACUCACUUUUAGUCAUUUGAAUGUUUUUAACUGUCAAAGUGAGUCUCUCUCUGCCUGUUUGGACUAGCAAGUCAAAAUUUAGGCAGAAAGAGCCUUUCUUUGACAAAGACAGUCAAAUGACUAAAAGUAAAUGUGAGUGUUUUGUGAUUAUUGGGCACUGGGAAAGAUAUGUUAUCAUAUCCACAGAAAUUUGAUGCAAAAAGAACCCAUAAGACCUGCAUGCUAGUGUCGCACUAAUUCAGAAAACAUGGUCGUGGCCAGAAAACCAUUUUGACCACUACACCCACCCAGAGAACACAGUUCUCUUAAAAUGACGUCAAGGAUGUCAGUGUCAAAAUUUUGGUAUAUUUGUGGCCUCCUUUCAUGUCAAUUUGAUAUCAAAUGACAUAAUUUGAUAGCAAAAUGAUUUCGAAUUAGGUCACCAAAAUGACCAAAUAUUGACACUAACAUCACUUUGUCAUUGUGAUGAAACCGUGAACUAAACCACAACUUAUCUAGGUGCCUUGACCAGAACAUCAAGAAUAGUUAAGAUGUAAGGUGAUGCAAAACAAACGUCGGGCAGUGAAUCUAAAUCACACCCUCAACUUACUCAAGUAGUAGUUGUUUUUCUUUGCUUUCUGUUAGUGGUAUUCCUAUGUCAAUUUAGGUUUUCCUGGAUCAAUUUAGGUUUUUGCCUGAAAAGAAGAACAUCUUCCUCUAGCAAACAUCUUGUGAUGCAUUAGUUCCAUUUCAUAGUUCCCAUGUUCUGUUUCAUAAAUAUUGUCAUUGAUCCUGGGCUUGCUCAUUUAUUUAGUUUAUUACAAUGCAUACUUACCUAUCUUAA